UAUUUAUUGUUCAUUUUUAAUCGUGUUAUCAAAGUGUUAACAACAAAUGGCACUUCUAGAAUCAUCAAAAAACGAGAGUAUUGUGUAUGAAAAUGGUAUUUUAUACGAGAAUGAAGCAGAAGCAGCAGCCGAGAAUUGUGGAUUAAAAAAACCACUGAGAAAAAUUGCGGAUAAGAGAAUAUUUGAAUACAAGUGGUUUAAUAUGCUCACGAUAGGUUCUCUGCAUGUUCAAGCAAUUUAUGGUGCAUAUUUAGCAAUAACAGGACAUGCGAAGUGGCAAACGUUAUUUUUCGCUUAUCUAUUGUACAUAGUCAGUGGUUUGGGUAUAACAGCAGGCGCUCAUCGUCUAUGGAGUCAUCGUGCAUAUAAAGCAAAAUGGCAACUGAAAUUAACGUUGAUUAUUUUCAAUACAAUUGCAUUCCAAAAUUCACUUUAUCAUUGGUGCCGUGAUCAUCGUGUACAUCAUAAAUUUAGCGACACAGAUGCAGAUCCGCACAAUGCAACGAGAGGUUUCUUUUUCUCCCAUUGUGGAUGGUUACUGACAAAAAGGCAUCCUCUUAUGAUUACAGCUGGAAAGCGAGUUGACUUUUCGGACUUGGAAAAUGAUGCUUUCGUAAUGUUCCAGCGGAAACAUGGUUUGUGGAUGUUUGCAUUGUUCUGCUUCAUUCUACCUACUUACAUACCAUACUAUUUUUGGAACGAAACUUUAUUAAAUGCUUGGCUCAUACCAACAUGUCUACGGUAUGUUGCCGUACUGAAUAUCACAUGGUGUGUCAAUAGUGUUGCACACAUUUGGGGUCAUAAGCCUUAUGAUAAGUCAAUAUUAGCAUCACAAAAUGUUUUCGUUUCAAUAAUAGCACUUGGAGAAGGUUGGCAUAAUUAUCAUCAUAUUUUCCCAUGGGACUAUAAAACGGCAGAACUUGGUAAUUAUCGAUUAAAUUUAACAACAAUGUUUAUCAAUUUUAUGGCAAAAAUUGGAUGGGCGUAUGACUUGAAGACUGUCAAUAAAGAAACCAUUGACACAAGAAAAAAGAGAACGGGUGAUGGAACUGAGACAAACAUUUGGGGAUGGGCAGAUCCUGAUCAAAGUAAAAGUGAUAGAGCAAUGGCUAAGAUUAUUUUUAAGAAUUAUAAUUAAGAGGUUAAUAUUUUAAGUUAUCGUCAUUAGAAAUGUUUUUAUUUCAUAGG